UCCGCCAUGACCAAGGCGACUCCAUUUUGACGACGGGCAGACUUGGCCUCCUGGCAAGGCCUGGGCAGGAAGAAAUUCUGUUUAUUAUAUCUUUCAAAGAGGACAGACUUCCCUACACCCCUGGCCUUCUCCGCACCAGAAAUGGCCACUGUGCUCUGUAACAGAGCCAGGCUGGUCACCUACCUCCCAGGAUUUUACUCUUUGGUCAGAAGGAUUGCAAAUCCCAAAUCUUUUUCUACCGCUGGAUCAUCAGGUUCAGAUGAGUCUCAUGUAGCCACUGCACCUCCUGACAUAUGUUCGAGAACCGUAUGGCCUGAUGAAAUGAUGGGUCCCUUUGGACCCCAGGAUCAGAGAUUCCAGCUCCCGGGGAACAUAGGAUUUGAUUGCCACCUGAACGGAACAGCUACCGCGAGGAAAACUCCGGCCCAUAAAACCUUGCCUGACGUUCUAGCGGAACCCUCAUCGAACGAGAGGCACGAGUUUGUGAUGGCACAGUGCAUAAUUGAAUUUCAGGGUAGCGAAACGCCUCUUCAGCUACAGGAAAUUAGCAGUGCUGAAACGUAUUUUGAGAACGCCAAAGUAGAAUGUGCAAUACAAACAUGCCCAGAGCUACUGAGACGAGAUUUUGAAGCAAUGUUCCCGGAGGCAGCGACCAAUAAGCUCAUGGUACUUACGGUAACUCAGAAAACCAAGAACGACAUGACGACUUGGAGCGAAGAGGUGGAGAGUGAGAGGGAGAUGCUGUUGGAAAAGUUCAUAAAUGGUGCUAAGGAAAUUUGCUAUGCGCUUCGUACUGAAGGCUAUUGGGCUGACUUCAUUGAUCCAUCUUCUGGCUUGGCAUUCUUCGGGCCGUACACCAACACCACCCUCUUCGAGACGGACGAGCGUUACCGGCACUUGGGGUUCUCCGUCGACGACCUCGGCUGCUGCAAAGUGAUCCGCCACGGCCUCUGGGGGACCCACGUGCUCGUCGGCAGCAUCUUCACCAACGCGGCCCCCGACAGCCAGGUCAUGAAGAAGCUGAGCGGGAAGUAGCCAAGCUGCUCGGGUCCGAGAAGGCCGCCGGCCGCCUCAUCUGUACUUGACAAUUUAGCUAUAAACCCCAUCGAGAGAC